AUGAAUCAAUCAACAAAUGUUGAAGUACGUGGAAAGUAUCAUGAUAAUAUAUGGGGUAUAGACCAAGAAGAAAUAUAUAGUCUUGAUCUAUGGAUAUUUCCAAUGGAGAAUAAAACCGAAGAACCAAUAUUUACAUUUGAAGGUGCUGUUAUUCAACAAGUUCAAGGUAUACAAUCUGGUCGAUGGUCAAUGGAACAAACAAUUUAUGAUAAAUUAAAUCUAACAACUGAUUUACCUAAUGCUGAUCAUAAAACAUAUUUAGAUACAAUUCUAAAAGAUUAUUGCAUGAAAAGAGUAUGGACUGAUUCACCAAUAAUAAAAGAUAUAUCACAUUUACUUCCAUCACCUAAUCAAAUUCUUAAUAAUCAACUUAAUUCUAUUAGUAAUCAAGAUUUAAUUGAAUCAAUCGAACCAUGUAAUGAAUUAGCUGCUUAUUAUGCUCAAAUGGUAAUUAAAGAUCUUGAUUUAAAUCAACAACAUCAUCCAUUAUUAAAUGCAUGUCGUUCUCUUGCUUCAACUUUACAUAACGAAGUAACAUGGCAUUCAACACAUCUUUGUCUUAUUCAAUUAAUCGAAUGUUUUCCUCGUUUAAAAUCAUUUUUAAUCAUAUUAAAUAAAUAUGGUUUACAUUUAAAAGAUAUUCUUAGUGGAGAAAAAAAUGGAUUAGAUAUAUUUCUUGGUGAUGAUGAAAUUGAACAAAUUUUUCAGCAAAUUAAAACUCUUAUAAGUGCAACUAAAACACAACAAAUUUUUCAUUCGAUUUGUCAACAUCUACAAUUACAAUAUGAACAAACUAAAGAUGAUUCAUUUCAGAAUUAUCGAUUACGUAUAUUAUGGUUAACUGACAGUGAUUGCUCAGAUGUUUUACCUAUUCUUGAUCUUCUUCUUAAUUUAUCACAACAAACAGGUUUAUUAAUUGAUUUACAUUAUGCAGAUUCUGAUCCAGUACAACUUGCAAAUGCUCAACAAACAUUUAAUACACAUCUAACUAAUCAAACAAAAAAUUUAUCUAUUAUUUAUGAUGAAACAAUUGAUAUAUAUGAUAGUAAAACACUUGAAAAAAUACCAUUUGAAUCAUUUGAUAUUAUAUUUUCUGCAAAUCAACUUGAAGGAAAUCAAGAUUUAACAAAUUGUUUAAUUGAUCUGCGUCAUUUACUUGUUCCUACUGGUUUUCUUUUAUUACUUGAAUUAGUUCAUGUUCCUCUUUAUUUUGAUCUUAUUUUUGGUUUCAUUGAUCAAUGGUGGUCAUCUGACGAUAAUAAUCGUGCAGUAAAUAAUAUUCAACAAUGGACAACAUUAUUAGAACAAAUCCAAGGAUUUAAUUUUAUUGAAUCAACAUUAAAUGAAAAUGAAAGUACAUUAAUUAUUAGUCAAAAAACAAUAUCAAAUGAUAUAUUACAAAGACUUGAUGAACGAAUAAAUUAA